CUGUUACACUCACCCCCGCCCGACCACCGCAACACACCGCUUCUUCCUCUUCUUCUUCUGCUUCCACGCUCUGCUCUGCGUCUCGUGCUCAUUUUCCGUUGUACUUUUUCGAUGCAGUCGCCCCGUGGAUUUCAUUCCCUCUGCGCACUUCGAACCGAUCGCUCGUAUCGCUCCCGGGACUCGAACUCCGAAUACGAAUUCGACUUCGAAACGAACCUAUAACCGAAACUCAACACUCGCCGGACUUCGACUGCGAUUCAAAUUGCAUUUACGCGCUAAGUUAUUGAAUUCUCUUGAAGGGCGCAUAAAGUUCUUGAAAUUACGACUUUAGCAUAUUGUGCUUGUGUUUAAAGAGCGAAGUGUAAACGAACCGUGGAAUAAUCAUAACAUCUGAGGAAAAUGGGUCGCCUGUUCCAAUACAAUCGCUUCGGCGCCACGGAUGGCAUCAACAAAAACAUUAGCAAAAAGGAUACUCAGCAGAAGAACAAGAUGCUACGCAAUGCCAUCAAAUGUCCUGGCUAUUCGGACAUCUAUGGUCAGUACAAUAAGAACUCGUCCUUCCAGAAGUGCGAAGAAUGGAGCAACAAGCUGCAAUUUCCAGCCGCCGGAGAAAUGGAUAAACAAGAACCGAUCCAGAGUCGCACGCACAAGGUCUACGACAGCAUGAAGAGUUUUCUGCAGCGAAAACUCUUCGCGCAACCCUCGCAAAAGGAGCAGAUCUUGAACGAAGAACCCACGAGCGACUAUGAUGAGCAGGACCUUCUCGACUCCUCGUACCACGCCGACGCGGAAGAAGAGGAGGAGGAACGCGAUGCUGACUGCAGCUGCAGCUCCACCGGCAGUAGCACCACCAGCAGCAGCCCCACCACGCCCAAACGCUCGCCCCAAAAGUCCCUGCUGUCCCUCAACUGCUGGCAGAGCAGUCAGCCGAGCAGUGACUCCAAUCCCGAAGAGGAGGAGGACGCAGAAGAGGACUCCGACGCAGGCAUCUCCGAUUGCUGUCAACUUUUAGCUGAGAAUUCGCCCAACACCAUGAGCAAACGCCGCCGAGCCGCUCCACUCUUCACCAAAUACAUCAGCGCCAACCAGAACUCCGACGAUGAUGAGGACGAGGAGCCGGAGCUGCUGGCGUGUCCCUGGUACCAGCCCAGGAUCACGGCAAAGGCAGCUUUGGAGCACCUGCAGCAGGCCACACCUGGCAGCUUUCUCCUGCGACGCAGUACUCCGCGGCAUUUCGAACUGGUCCUGCGUCUCGAGAGGAGCAACAAGGUGAAGACCUAUCCCGUGCAGUCCACCCGGAACCAGAUGUACCGCCUGAAGGGAGCCAAGAAGCAGUUCACCAGCCUGAAAGCCCUGAUCACGCACCAUUCCGUGAUGGCCGAACAACUGCCAUUAGUGCUGGAUAUGCCCAGGGAGCGUCAUGUGGUGAAGCCCUCAUCAGUGCGCUAUGCAGAUGACUUCGAGCCGCUGGAGUCCCUGCAGCUACUGGGCAUCCUGAGGAGUCUGCAGGCCAAGAGCAUCGAGAUAUAGAAAAUAAUUAUUAAACGGGGUUUCAUGGGGCGGGCCAAAUAAUAUCGAACUGCAAAGGGAACGAUAGGUGAAAGUAAUUAGGAAUUUGUUUUGUUCUUUGCAUAAGUACAUGUGAUAUAGUUUACGGAAUUGCGGGCUGAGCAACCCUCGAACUUAGUUAGGACUACCAACUAAUUGAAAUAUUUUGUAUCCGACAUAGGGAUAAGUUUUCUAUUGUGAAAGUGUAAUAUGAAUAAAAAUCAAACAAUGGCAUUCAGCAAAAACGCAA